CUUACAUAAAACUUGCAGGGAUGACCCCGACAACUCAGGGUGUUACUUCGCGAUAGUGACUUGCAUAUUGUCAGCAGUGACGGCGACGUGCCGAAUAUUUAGUCUAGCAUGCGAUCCUGCUUUGACGAAGACUCGAAUGACUUCGAGUUCUUGUUGCCGAUGGAGGUCUUCUGAUGCCGAGGCAGGCGAUGCAGCGCUUUUGCACCUUUUUGACACUAUCUGGAAUAUUCUCCAGGUAGCCUCGUAAGGCUAUUACCGGCACUUCCGCAACAAGCAUGAGCAGGAUGUCGACAUUUCGAAUGCUCGGCCCUUCCAGGCUCCUCUCUUCUGCAUUUCCUGCUGCACGAAGGGCGCCUUCACUACGGGUGCCACGGCGGCCAACCCCGAACAUUCCUCGCACACCGCGAACCGCUUCUUCUCCAUCCCCGAUCCUGAGCCGCAUCCAAGUCCGAACAUUCUCCCACACGAGUCUCCUGCUCCGCAAGCCAUGGCCAAAGAAAGACCCUCACGAGGAACUGCGCAAUGCGAAACCGUUCAUCGAAGACGGCAGCUUCGGCCGCAUGGCCCGCUCGCCACGCACCCACACCAUCGCGGUGCUCUCCUUCGCCGGCGCCCUUGCUUUCUACUUCAGCAACAUCGAGACGGUCCCCGUGAGCGGGCGGCAGCGCUUCAACUGCUAUAGUCAGGAGAGAGUCGAGAAACUCACGCAGAGGGAGGCCAAGCUAGUAAUACAUAAUGCUGAACAGCAAGGCGGGUUCCUGUCCGAGGGCGACCCGCGCACGCGCAUGGUUAAGAGGGUUAUGAAGAGGUUGAUUCCCGUCAGCGGCAUGGCGAAUGCGGAGUGGGAGGUCAGAGUCAUCAACGACGAUAGUCAGGUCAACGCAUUUGUGUUGCCGGGCGGGAAGGUUUUCGUGUAUAGUGGUAUUCUAAAGGUUGCACGGAAUGAACACGGCCUUGCGGCGGUACUUGGACACGAAAUCGCACACAACCUCGCGCAGCACAUCGCAGAGCGCAUGUCGGGAAAUAUUGGGGUGAACAUUCUAUUGGGCAGCAUGGGCAUCAUAGAGAUGGCCCUUGGAGGUUCGACAUUCCUCACGCAAUUGAUCGGUGGAACCGUACUAGGUCUGACUUUCUCGCUGCCCAUGGGGAGGAAGCAGGAGUCAGAGGCUGAUUACAUCGGUCUGAUGAUGAUGGCCGAGGCGUGCUAUGAUCCGGAAGAAGCACUGCAUUUCUGGGAGAGGAUGGAGCGUUUGACCCAACAAGCCCCACCGCAAUGGAUGAGCACACAUCCUUCGAACCGUAGUCGCAUAGAGGAUAUCCAGCGGUGGAUGUCCAAGGCGUUAGACAAGAGACAGUUGAGUGAUUGCCGAGGCAUCUCUUCGUUUGCUGAUGCUUUCAAAAGAGCCAUGGAGCGUGGCCACGUGAUGGAAACUGACUCUUCCAAUUGGUAAGAUCAGUUUACAUAGAUCCAAGUUCACAGUCAUAAUGUCGAAAGCAAAGUCUUAGAUUUAUAUAAAGGGUCGGACUUUACCGUUGGGAAGACGUUCGGGAUUUUUGUAUGAGUCGCACUUAUAGUCCUCCUGAGUCUUGAGACUUAAGAAACCCCCACUUAUUCACAUACCUAUUACUACGAGAGAUCAAUAAUAUGGGCAGUAUGUCAUUCGACUUCAGUACCUUACAAUUGUGGUCAGUUGCUGCUUCUCUGAUCGGACAAUUGGGC